AUGGGUUUAGUUCACAAGGCUGUCAUACAUCCUACUGAUUUAGAGAAAGUCUGCAAAUCGUUGGCCCAGGGAAGCUAUCGCUCCAUUUCUGAUAUACGAUUUGCAAAACUAGCAAAAGUCAAAAUUCGACUUGUUGGUUGUUAUGGGAAUCGUGAGCUUAUCUUUAAAUUAUUGUUGCAAAACAAUGUUAUUGACAAGCAUAGAUACGAGGAAUUUAUCGAUGCCGAACGGAAACCCGAUUCAGUUCGCAGUUUAAAGCCAACAUUGGCUGCUGGACUUUACCUACUAAAGAUUAAGUCAGAUUUGGGUCUU